UGUACUCGUUUGUACUGAGCUUAUCAUAGUUUGUUAAUUUCUCAUUUAUUUUUAAAUAAAUUAUGUACGUGGUGGCCUCUGUGUGAUUUUCCCUAGAUUGUGUGUUUUCAAGAUCGAAUGGGAGCCUCUUCUAAGGAUCGUCGAGCAAAACUUUCUCCUUUAUAUUCACCCUCAACGAGUGAUUACAAAGCUUUGUCGUAUGAACAGUAGUUAGUUAGGUGAUAUUUAAUAUAGUUAACCCCUGGUGUAGUUAUGGUCACCCCCUCCCUUGCUACUGAAUCCAGCCAAUCGUUGAUUUUAACCCGGUCAACUCAACUUUAACUGAGAUUUAAUAGUCGUUAGCUAAGUAGCUAUAACUAAAAUCUGUCUCACACUCUCCUGUCAGGGAAAACAUCACUUCCAAACUGAUUCACUAAUCUGGAAUGCGACUUUCUCUAAAACGAGCAAAUCACGAGAUCUGUGGACUUGCAAUUUGUUCAUCAUCGAAUUGGUUCAAAAAGAAACUCGAGUUUUAUCUGCCAGUGUCCAGCAGCUGUUUGGAUAUGGCACACCCAGGGGAUCAUCUGAAUUACCUCCACGAUAGCAGUAGUGAUACUGAGACAGACUGCAAAGAGACCGAUGGACGUGGACGACACAGGCUUUGCAAGAAUAACAUGAGUUGUGGUGGCACAUCGAAACCAAAGCCAUGUCUGGUCCAGAAAGACGGAGGUAAUCCACGAAGGUGUCAUUCAUACGAAUCCACUUCACAUAGAUCAGUAGUUCAUCAUCAUGUAAAUAGAGAUCGUCUGCGUGCAAGGGUAAUGAAUAAACUGCCACAACAGAAUCCAAUACGUGAGAGCAUGGCAUCAGGCGUAACAGCAUCAGGAAUGAGUAAUCAACCGAACGACGAUCGUAUAAUAUUGAUCGUUGAUAACACGAGAUUCAUACUGGAUCCGUCUCUCUUCACAGCCCAUCCAAAUACUAUGUUAGGUAGAAUGUUUAGUUCGGGAAUUGACUUCGCACAGCCAAAUGAGAGAGGAGAGUACGAAGUUGCUGAGGGAAUAUCAGCUAUGGUAUUUCGUGCUAUUUUGGAGUACUACAAAGGAGGCAUUAUUCGCUGUCCACCGACCGUUACGGUUCAGGAGUUGAGAGAGGCGUGUGAUUAUCUGCUGGUGCCGUUUGACGCUAAUACUGUCAAGUGUCAAAAUUUGAGAGGACUGCUCCACGAGCUCUCGAAUGAAGGGGCUCGAUGUCAAUUUGAAGUUUUUCUCGAAGACUUGAUCCUGCCUUUGAUGGUCAACAGCGCCCGGCGGGGAGAUAGGGAGUGCCAUAUUGUUGUUUUACUUGAAGAUGAUGUUGUUGAUUGGGAUGAGGAGUAUCCGCCCCAGAUGGGGGAGGAAUAUUCUCAGACUGUAAACAGCAUAGCGAUGUACCGUUUCUUCAAAUACAUCGAGAAUCGAGACGUUGCAAAACAAGUGAUGAAGGAAAGAGGCUUAAAGAAAAUCCGUCUUGGCAUAGAGGGAUAUCCAACGUACAAGGAAAAAGUGAAGAAACGACCUGGUGGAAGAGCCGAAGUGAUAUACAAUUACGUCCAGCGUCCGUUCAUUCACAUGUCUUGGGAGAAAGAGGAGGCGAAGAGUAGACAUGUUGAUUUUCAAUGUGUCAAAUCAAAAUCAGUUACUAACUUGGCGGAAGCAACAGCCGAUCCAGUGUUGGACGCAGGUGGAAAUCCGAUAAAUGCACUGCUCCAUCAGACGGAACCAGUGCCAACACCUGAGCCAGUCCCGGCUGGCUCGGAUCCUGAUGCCGAAGGGGCAAUGGCCCUCAUGCCUGACGCUGACUUGGGCCGACUUUUGCGUGAUGGACUCUAGUGAUACAAUUACUCAUACAUAUUUACCAGUUAUCCCAAUUGUUUAAGACCGCAUUUUCCUCUGUAUAUAAACGUCAUAAUUUUUUAAAUUAUUAAUUCACAUAUCGGUGCUAAUUCACCAGUUGAUGAGUCGUCAAAUAUCUUGGACUGUUUAAAAUUUUUUUGCAAUUUUAGUAAAUAAAUGUUUCAAAUUUGA